AUGUAUCUGAAGAACUCUCUCGCUCUUUUCUUCGUUGUUCUGGCAGUAGUCCAGGCAAUUCCAACGACGAGGAUCGAAGAUGCGUUGCACGAGGAGAAGCUCCAGCUGGAAGAAGAUGUCGAGAACAAGGACAGAUCGAAGAAGUCGGUGCUCUUCUUGAACCAGCCUGCAGCGAUCGUUCCAGCUCAGACGUACAGCAUCCAAAUGCCUGGCUAUCCUACUGUUGAAACUCUCAGCAUCCAACAGCCUGCACAAUCUGUUCAAACACUCAGCCUCCAAUCCAAUGCUCAACCUGGACAAGUUCUCAGCAUUCAACAAGGACCACAGCCUGUAGAAACUCUCAGCAUCCAGUCUAAUGCUCAACCAGGGCAAGUUGUCAGCAUCCAACAAGGACCACAGCCUGUAGAAACUCUCAGCAUCCAGUCUAAUGCUCAACCUAGGCAAGUUGUCAGCGUCCAACAAGCACCACAGAGCGUAGAAACUGUCAGCAUCCAACAAGGACCACAGAGCGUAGAAACUCUCAGCUUCCAAUCCAAUGCUCAACCUGGUCAAGUUCUCAACAUCCAACAAGGACCACAGCAUGCAGAAACUCUCAGCAUCCAGUCUAAUGCUCAACCUGGUCAAAGCGUAGAAACUCUCAGCUUCCAAUCCAAUGCUCAACCUAGUCAAGUUCUCAGCAUCCAACAAGGACCACAGAGUGUAGAAACUCUCAGUAUUCAAUCUAAUGCUCAACCUGGUCAAGUUUUCAGCAUCCAACAAGCACCACAGACCGUAGAAACUCUCAGCUUCCAAUCCAAUGCUCAACCUAAUCAAGUUCUCAACAUCCAACAAGGACCACAGAACGUAGAAACUCUCAGCAUUCAAUCUAAUGCUCAACCCAGUCAAACUCUGAGUCAGAUCCAGGGUCAAGCUUUCAUUCAGUCAGGUUCUACUCUGUUCUCUCAGUCUGUCCCAUCGGUCAACUACGUGGAGACCAUUCAGCCAACUCAGUUUCUACCUGCGGAAACCAGCCUGAACAUCGUCCAACCUGCAAUGUCUGUCAAAGAGGUUCAAGUCGAAUCCCUGUCAGUGCCAUCAAACGCAGUCGUCGAGACCAUCAGACAGGAAGUUGUUGAGCCUGUGAGAGAGGAAAUCAUCGUUUCGCCAUUGAGCAACGAGGUGGUCGAGAACGUUGUCUCUGUUGUACCAGCUUACAGAGACCAAGUGAUUGUCAGUCCUUCGAAUUCUUUUUUAAUGAUGGCCGAGCCGGAAGUACUGGCUUCCUACCUCAAUGUACCUCAAGCUUACAGCUACAGUCCCCGAAUUCUCACCGGUCUGAGGCCUUCAGGCCUAGUCGUGGAGGAACCUGUACGAGUCCUGCAGGAACACGCCAUGGUGGACACCGUGCAGAAGAGCAGAGUGUUGGGAGGUCGCGUAACGGAGUCACUAGUGUCACGAGUCAUUUAA